AUGGAUCCCAAUCCAUUCCCUCCCCUAGUAAGUGGCAUGAGAGGUAGAAGGGGAAUCAACCCUUUUGUUAACAAUGACAGGAACAGACCGGGGCAAACUAGAGGAAUCAUCCAGAUUUUGAAGAAGAGGAAGAACAUAGAGAGGAAGUUCUGCCUAGGCCAUACAGAGUGGAACAGAGGAUUGAACACAACCAGCCAGAACAAGGGCGAAAUCUGCAUCCUGUCAAUGCCUUGA